CGGGGUCCGACUGCGACAAGAACCGUAUCAGAAAAGUAGAAAGGUACGUUGUGGACCGGAACCGCUCAUAACGGCAACAGACUGGUGCAGUCGCAUCUCGUCAUUUAUCAUCCGUUUGAACGCUUCCGAGAACAGCUUGGGCCAUGUCUCUAACCACCCAGCUCGUGCGCGAUGGCAUCCUGGCAGAGAUAUGUCGCCACUUCGAUCCUUGCCUCGAUCUUGCUGAGCCACAGCUGAACAAUCCAAUGGCUCGCCGGCAAGUACCAGAACAGGUGCGUACGGACAGACGCGCACUCGCCGCGCUCGCGCGAACAUGUCGCGCCUUCACCGACGUCGCGUUGGACGCCCUCUGGGGACAGCUGGACUCACCGGAACCCUUUCUCUGUCUCCUUUUCCGGGAGGUAAGGCGCGUGCCUGCGGAUGACCCUAAGCUCGCCGAGGACACAUUCGAAGGCAUGGUUCUGACGUCUUUCAACGCGGGCCUGCCGAUACAGCGUGCGCGCGUCGCAUGGUACGCACAGCGCGUGAAGUCGCUCCGCAUACUCAAAGAGGAUGUAAUUCACCCCUCCAUGUUCCUACAACCUUCCAUGGUCCGCGAGCGUGACAUCAGCACCGGCCUGGAGCGGCCGCUGCUUCCCUCGCUUGAGGAAAUCUUCUGUGAACCCUCGCCAGCAAUGGAUGAAGCGAUAACGGUCUUCGCAGGCCCUAACCUCAUGCGUGUCACCUUCAGUCUCUCAUAUCGCCAGACCAAGUCGAAGCAAGAGCUGACCGGCGAAGACUACGCACUGGCGAGCAUCAUCCACAACCUCGCCAGCUCGGCGCCAUAUGUGGAGGAACUCUUUGUCACGCAUGUUCCCUUCCCGCGGACGCUGCUCGGCAUUGAGGGGCUCCGGAACAUUCAGGUGCUCGACAUCCAUGGAACGGAAUGCACUACGGACCUUCUGCGCAAGCUAUCCUAUCUGGGGCGUCUGAAUCGACUGACGCUCACCGCGUCCGCAGGGGGUACUCCGCUAUCGUCAAAAGCGUUCUGCCAACUGAAGCACGUCCGAUUCAUCAAAGGCACGUUCACGGGUAUCUCCCGCGUCCUGCGCUCGUUUGGAGUCUGCCAGCUAAUCACCCUUAACGUUGCCAACGCGAUGGCCUGGUCAGUCCGGUGUCUGAAAGAAUUCACCACGUCCGCGUUGGCGCUGUGCCUUCGCUCGCGAUGCACCCUCAUCACUCUGUCCAUCCGGGCGGCAGCUGCCCAAGAGCACGGGGAGGACCCGACGAAUCUGCCGUGGCUCCCGCUUCCGGAGCUUCUCCAGCCAUUCUUCUUCUGUGCACAGAUGUCGACCUUCGAGCUGGGUAUCCAGUCGCUCGUCGCCAUAUCCGACAACGAUCUUUCUCUCGUCGGGACGCGCUGGCCCCAUCUCACGCGCCUUGAUCUAGUGCAUACCAAUGCGAUCUCGCCCAUACCGACCUUCGACGGGAUCAUCCAGCUCGUGGAGGACUGCCUGGGCUUGCGCAUCCUGCAGCUGCCCAUCGUCGCCGCUCCUACGCCCAGCCCAGUCGACUGGCCCGUGCUCCGGAAUGGCCUCGAGGUGCUCGUGAUCGCUCGCCAGCUGUACCCCGAGCGCGAGGUGCGGGUGUUCAUAGACGACCGGGAGAUCAUCGCGCAGAUUGCGGACAGGCUGUUCCCAGAGCUGGACGUGUACGAGAGCUGCGAGGCCACGAAGGCGCUGGAGGGCGGCAUGCAUUGUGAGUGGAGGAAGAUUGUGGACGAGGUGGGUUAUCUGCGGUAUUUGAGAUGGGUGGAGGGAAGGCGGGCUUUGUACUUGGUCAGGGUGAAUGACCCUAUGCCCACGGGAGAGUCAGCACAAUCGUCUCCCGCGCAGUCGUUCAUGGUUGUCAAAAGAUGA